AUGGUAUUGAAAACGUUGCAAAAUUUUUACCAUCAGAUCAAAAGAGAAGACAAAUGUUUACCGGAAUUUUUACCGGAUCGAGUAAUAGAAACGUUAAAAAAUUCAAUCGAUUGCGUUAAUAAUUAUGAAAAAUCAAAAUCGAAUAAAAACAAUAUAGGAUUUAUUGAGUGUUUCAACGAAGCCAAAGAUGAAAUCAAUAAAAUAAUGAUGUCGAUAGAUUUAAAUAAAAAUUACUGUCCCGAGAACGAAACGGAAAAAUCAUACGAGAUAAAUCUCGUGACGUCACAACUGAAAAAAUUCAAAAUCGAAAUUAAAAACGGAUUGGAAGUGUUUAAAAAAGACGUUAGACUAAUAAACUUGAAUAAAACUUGCGAUAAUGUAUUGGAUUUCAGCGAUUUAGAAUAUGGAAAUAGUAAAUAUGAGAAUCUUGAUGAGAAUGUCAUGGGGAAAACCGAACAAUUUUUUAAUAAAGAUGUAAUUCAAGUAUUCAGAGCAUCGGAUAAAUCAAAAGAUUCUAUUGAUGUUCCAUUAUCCGCUGUCGAAUCUACCGAUGAAUCUCGUGAAAAUAAAAAAAUGAGUUUUUUCAAUGCCGAACCCGAAGAAGAUAAAGAAGAUUUUAUGAAAUUUUCAUUUACCAAACGUUCCGUUAGAUAUGGUGUCGAUUUCACACCGCCGCCAUCUUCGACUCAACAUGAAAAAGCAACGUCAACGUCAACUGAUGGAAUGAUGUCGUCAUCAACAACGAAAGAUGGCGGACAAGAACCCCUUUUUAAAGAAUGUGAAAAAUUAGGAAAAAAAGCAACGAAAGAAGGAAGUAUGGAUUGUUUGGAAGCAGCUCGUUUUAUAGCAGAAGGAGAUUUGAAUGAUAAAAAUCAAGAAUUGACGAAUUGCGUUAAAGAAUUAAAAGAUUCCAUCGAGAAUGAUAUGAAUCCGGAAUGGAAAGUUCGAGAAAUAUUCACUUUUCGUAACGUAUUGAGAAAUCAAUUGAACGCAUGUAGAAGAACUACAAGAAUUAAAAUCAGAACAAUAACGAACGAUUUUACAAACACUGGUAAAAAUUGUUUGUAA